AUGGACAACGGGACGGGGCUGCCGCCGCCGCCGUGCAGCGGCAGGCUUGCCAUGGACGGAUCCUCGUGCAAGAACUGACACUCGUCUCCAUAAAAGCAGGUCUUGUCCUUCGCGUAAUAUCGGCAAAACUUCACUUUGACAUUGGGUAUCCCGGCACCCCCAAGCGGAGCAGCUGAAGCUGGGAGUCCACUGUUCAUGGCACCGCUGCUGCCGCCGCCGCUGCUGCCGGAAGACACUCAAACAUAGAGAGACGCAGAUAGCUAGCGAGCUAGCCAGCUAGCUUGCAAACAGUUUCCCCUUAAAGGAACGGAUAAAUAUCACUUCAGCUGGUGGAGAACACUUAAGACGCUGCAGUACUCACAUUAUAAGGCUAAGGUGCAUGGUGGUUUAAGAAAAUAUCGUUGCAUGCUUGGAGUCCUGGUCGUCGUUGUUAUCGCUAUCCAUGCAGCUGCCGUCUUCGCAAAGUAGCCUGUUGUUGUUUUUUGGUCGCAGUCAGGCUGCUCUGCUAGGCACAAGCUAGCAUAGCUUUGCAUUGUGGGUAUUACACCGUCUGGAAGAGUUUACCUGCUGCAAGCUGCAAAUUGGACUUGCAGAGCGGAGAGAUUGUGAAUGCAAACGAAUAUUUAAGAUGAAGGGGUGGAGAGGUUUUGAGUUUGCAGGAUCAAGCUCUUCAGUCUGUGCUUUCAGUCGUCAGCUGAAUUGAUUUCAUUGCAAUAAAUAAUAACAUAUGUUAAAUUAUAUCCGAGGUUAUGACGCAGAUUAUUGCUUUAACUUAAUUUAUAUAAAUGUACAAAAAUAGACGUAGGAGAAUACAACAUCAGGACUAAAAACAAGAGAAGGUCAAAAACUAAUAGAGAUCAGAUAAGUUCAUUUAAAUAUUCAGGGAAAGACAUAUUAGAUUAUGACAGUAAUUGAGAACAUAUAAAGCAGCCUAAUAACACCUCUCUUUUCAAUAAGCUUUUGUCUGUCUCCACUAGGUUACAUAAAAAAUAUGUUUGAAGCAUAUUUUACUCAAAAUGAGAAAAACACUGCAGCUGCGCGCACUUGCCAUCUUAUAAAAUAAAAAAACUCGAAAAAGCACAUUUUAAGUUAGUCUAUUCUUCGGUUUUUUUUAAAAUGUUUUUGCACUUCAGAUAUUGCAGGCGUGGCUGAAAACGUCAACAAUAAAGUGUUACUUCCCCUGUUAAAAAGCUAGGCACACAUCUCAAAGUUUCGAUGUCUGAGCGUACAUUUGAGUAUGUGACACUGACAGAAAGAGCAUCAACACGGAGGCAGAAAAACAUGAUUGCGGCUGUUCUGCUGUGUGCUGUGGUGCUGCACUGCUCUGAUGGUGUGGCGGUGCAGAAUCAGCAUUGCAUGACCAGUAAUGAGGUGACAUUCUUUGUUCCAGCAGACUAUGUGAAUUCAUCUGGUCCUGUCAGCGUAGAGGCCUGUGUUGGUAAGAAACUCAACAUCUCCCUGGAGCACUUAUCUGAAUACCCUGUUUGCGACUGGAUCAGAGGAGUAGACCAAGUACUGACAGUAAAUGGGAGUCACUCCAUGGUCCUACCACCGCUCUCUCAGACAGAUUCAGGGGAGUACACGCUGAGCUGUAAAACUAGCAAUGAGACCUGGUCAAUGAAAGUGUCUCUUUGUGUAAAGGGACGUCCCACAAAACCAAAGCUGACACUGGAUCGCCUAGAACACCAAAAGAAAUCCCCAUAUUUCAAAUGCAUCUCUGAGGGCUGCCCAAAGCCAACUAUUAAUUGGUCUGGAACGCGCACAAAGCCUGGGGAUUCUAUAUCCAGCAGUCUGUAUGCUGAGAGUGGAGUGAUGUGCUGUGCCAGUAACACAGAAGGACAAGAAUGCUCCCAACUGUAUGACUACGACCUAGGGAGUGACUCAGUGAAAAGUGACGAAGUUUCUAAUGUGACUUUGAGCACUGGUCAGUCUUUACUGCUUCGCUGCCGAAUAAAGUCUCAACAGUCACCUGAGUGGAAGAAUGGCAGCCAAAUAAUGGAUGCCAAAACAAUCGCCUGCUCUAAAGCCAAGAAGAAGAUUUGCAUUAAAAAUGACUUACAUUUGGGAUAUUGGAUGGCCUACCUGUUCAUAGAAUCACUUGAUGUGGAGCACAGUGGCACAUAUACCUGCAGUUUUCCAAAUGUCAAACCAAAGUUAGUCCACAUUCACGUAAAGGCUGAAGAUUUCAUCGAUUUCAAGCUGGAUCAGAGCAAGGAAGUUCUGGCUCAGAACGUAUCCAGCUCCUGUUUGCAAGCCAAUGUUUCCUACCGCCCUGUGCUCAACAACUGUUUCUGGGAAGCUCCUGAUAAAACUAGGACUAAAUGCAUCAGGGACAGCUGGGUGACAGAACACAGAACUGUGAAGCUAUGUAAUCAACUCAAAUCAGGACUUUAUAAGUUACACUUGGAGGCUGGAGGAAAAAAACAAACAGCGAAUAUAUCAGUGUGUGUUGUGGACAAUCCGGACUUUAAAUUCAGUAGUAUUGGGGGUAACAUAACCGUUGAGACUGUGAGUCUUGUGCCAGCAAAUUAUACGUGGAAAUCUUGUUCCAACGACAGUUGUCAAACAGUCGAAAAUGCAGGUCAGACAGUGGAGGAAGUCUCCUGUAACAAGACAAUCAAGAGCUCCCUACAUACCAAUCUAGUGAAAGGACACAGUCUUAAGUUUUGCCUGGAAAACUCAGUUGGCUCCUGGUGCAGUCCUCAAAACACCAUAUUGUACCAAGCACCUUCAGUCAAAGCUGUCAAAGGUCUUCCAAAUAUUGAUGACGGCAGCUUGAUGGUGCUGAAAGUAGGCAGUAUGCUUCUGCUUCUGGCAUUGGCAGUAGUUAGUGUGGUGCUCAUGUACUUUGUCAAAAAGAAGAAACCCCAGUACAAGCCGCAGCUUCAGAUGAUCCAGAUGGUUGGACCCAACGACAAUGACUACAUCUACAUAAACUUCAAUGACUUUGAGUAUGACCUGAAAUGGGAGUUUCCCAGGGAGAACCUCGAACUGGGUAAAGAACUGGGCUCUGGGGCUUUUGGCAUGGUGGUCCAGGCUACAGCGUAUGGCAUCAGCAAACCUGGAGUCUCACAGCAGGUAGCUGUCAAGAUGCUUAAAGAAAAACACGAGACGAUGGAGAAGGAGGCUCUGAUGUCAGAGCUCAAGAUGCUGACUCACAUCGGUCAACACGCCAACAUUGUUAACCUGCUCGGGGCAUGCACAGACACAGGACCCACAUACCUGAUUUUCCAGUACUGCUGUUUUGGAGAUCUACUGAACUACCUAAAGAAAAACAGAGACCGCUACCACAAGUCUGUCACUGAUGCUUUCAAUAAGGACCGUUUCACCAGCCUUUACCACAACCUGCAGUGCGGGAAGGGCUCUAGUGAGCUGGACACACCUUUGGACAAUUACAUUCCCAUGCACUGUUCUACCACCAGAGGGCAGGAGGACAUCGCCCUCCUCACUCUCAACUUCGGUGACAUGGACAGCUUUGAAGACCCAGAGAUCUACAAAGACCCAGAUGAUCAGACAGUGGACAUGCAAGCCCUGACCUUUGAUGACCUGCUCAGCUUCGCCUUCCAAGUGGCCAAAGGCAUGGAGUUCCUGUCCUCCAAGAACUGUAUCCAUCGAGACCUGGCAGCCCGAAACGUGUUAGUGACAAAGGGCAGACUGGUGAAGAUUGGUGACUUUGGACUGGCCCGGGACAUUGAAAACGACUCCAACUAUGUCGUGAGAGGAAAUGUGCGUUUGCCAGUGAAGUGGAUGGCACCGGAGAGCACCUUUCAGGGGAUAUACACCAUGAAGAGUGACGUCUGGGCUUAUGGCAUUCUGCUCUGGGAGAUCUUCUCACUCGGUGUUACUCCGUACCCAGGAAUGAAGGUGGAUCACACGUUCUAUUCAAUGAUUGAGAGAGGAUUUAAGAUGGAGUGUCCAUACUACGCCGACGAGUCUGUGUACGGGAUGAUGUGCAAGUGUUGGGCCCUGGAUCCCUGCAACCGGCCAUCUUUCUCCAAACUGGUGUCCUUCAUGUGUGAUAUGCUGACAGACAGAGAGGAGAAGCUCUACCAUAACAUGCUCGACCAGUCAUCCAGCGACUACCAGAAUGCACCGGCCAUUUUGGACAUUUCCGCCUUGACAAGACAAAGCGAGAACAAGACGCAGACAGCCAAUAACUACUGUCGAACCCAUGCGACUGAAGAGAGCAAAGUAGACACCGUGGCAGCUGAGGAGGAGCUUCUGAAGCCGUCUGAUACAGAGUGAUCCCCUAUCACUGAAAGCCUGUUGACCAAAUGUUCAAAGCAUUUUAUCUAACAAUAGUUACAGGAGACUGCAUUUGCUUUAUAUUAUAUUAAAAAGUUUUACUCGGGACAUGUAGCAUAUAUUUAACAUACCUUUUCAGGAUCUCCAGAAGUAACCAAACAUACAAUGUUUUUUUUUUCUCCCCUACGGGAUUUGAGCGAAUUAUAUUCUCACUGACAAUGUGGUCUGAAUGUAAAUACUGACUUUUUUAUCUUUUUAUUGUGCAGCUAAAAGUGAAAAAAGGAUCCCUAAAAUUCUCAGGACUGUAUAAUAUAGGGGAGCACGGGGCACAAGCUAACACGGGGUAAGAUGUAACACAGACAUUAUACGUUGUUGCACAGGGUCGAGCAGAUUGUGUUUCAGGUCAGUUUAUCAAAGAGAUUACCUUAAUAACCAUUUUUUUGCCUAAAAUGUAGUACAGCUGACCAACUUAAAGACAAACUCAGCAGAGUGGGGUUACAACCAACCCCUAUCAAUAUUUACAUAUAUAUUUUGAUGUGUGGAUACAUUCCAUCUUUCCCUUGGGCCCACCAUUUGAAUAUAAAUCCAUGAUAGACCAUAAUUUAGAUGAAAAGACAUCUCUCUUUCUUUAUAUGAUAUAUAUCAUGGAUGGAAAGUGAUAAUAUCUACAAAUAUCUACUUAUCUAUUUAUCGACUCAUGAUGGUUGAGGGUUAAAUGGAUGUGUGGAUAUCUGUCAUAUAUAGAUCCAUAAAUUAUUCACCUAUAAUAUAUACAUAUAAUUUAAUUUAAUCAGAUAGAAUUUUUUGGAUGAACAGAAUAUUCUAGCAAGUGUUACAACUAACCCCACACAUGGGAGAAGUUGUAAAAUUUCACUCCCUCAACAUUCAGCACAAUUGUACAAGAACGGUAGGUCCCAGAAAUAAACUUCAAGUGUUCAUUUGUAGCAGAGAUGUGUGUUGCUUGUAUAAAAAUAUGAUUAAUCAAACGCAAAUGUUUUUCAGUUAUUUAGUCCAAACCAAAAUGUGUUAGGUUGUGCCACUCUUCCCUACACAUGUAUUUAGACUUGUAAGCUAUAGCCUAGAGUUGUCACUCUUUUUCUACAUUCAGCCUGUAGCAACUGAUCAAGGAUCAAGGUUCAUCCAAUAUUUUUUUUUUUGUUUUAUUGUCUUAAGCUACAAUGCAUAGACCUAUAGAAACAACCUUUUGCCUUAAAAUACUGUCUUAUAAAUAUAAUUGUAAUGGUAAUUAUUUUGUUGUGGCCUGUGUUAUCUCAGUUUUGUACACAUUUAUGUAUUUGUUCAAACCAAGCUUCUCUAUUUUAUUUUAACAUUUUUUUUUAAUACAUUAGGCUAUAUUGUCAUGUUUAGGAAUAGCAUUAUACCUGCAAUAAAACGUACUUUUAAUAACAA